AACCAUAGCCACCCCUACUAUGCCACCUCGUAUGAAAUGUUGGCAACCCCUCUAACAACGUUCUACAGCAUCGGUGUGUUCGCUACCGGGUUUUCUCCUUUCCUCGCUCACCCUUUCAAAUGGACAGACGCCAGGGGGGAUGCGCUGACGGACUUCAUCCAGUACCGGCGGUCCAAGAGCGGGGAGGGAACCAAAAACCAAACACAGGAGUCACAGUUCCGGGGGGGAAUGGGAAAUGUCUGGAAAAAAAACCCCCAACGACCUUUUAAAAUUUUUUCCGUGAAAAUCCUGGAGGUGAAAAGACAGCAGACAUCAAAAAAACCAGGUAAGAUGUGGGGCAUUAUAUUAUAUUGAAGUUGGCUCUAUUUUUCUAAAGAUUCCCUUUAAUUUUUUGGAUGUAAACUAUUAUGUUUAGAAAAAAACCCGUAUAGAAUGAUUUUGGGUUUUUUACCCUGGUUUUUGAAAAUUCAUAAAUUUUUUCAAUAAAGGGGUUAAACUAACAUGAGCCCAUUUCUUUUAACCCCUUCCCCUUUUCCCUUUCUCACAGAUUCCAACAGUGUCCCUUUUGCGUCGGCGCCCAUGGCCCCCACCCAGUACCUGAUGUUUUUAUGUAUACAAAACUGAAUUCACAAAGUAGGUCCUUAAGAAAUCAGGUGUAUAAUAAUAUUACGAUAUUGCGUUAUAUCUUCAUGUCUGUUGGAUCAGUGUCAUGACUUUAAAGCUGCCUAUUGAGGUUGCAGGGUUUUUGUACAGGCAGUGAAUGGAGACAUAGCACUGUGAUGCUUUGACUAUGGGUAAAGGGAACCACAAGUCACCGUCUCAACAGGUAAGCAAACUUACAUUUUUACAUCCAUCAAAUGUUUAAUUUUCCCAUUCUAUUUUUCUGUGUAGAAAUAAACAUAUGUUGUCUUGUGCGUUUUUCAGAUGCAAAAGUCAUUGAAUAGACCUGUCAUGGUCCACUAAAGAAAUGGUUUACUUAUUUCCUGGAAAGUCAAUAGUUCCUCAAGUUCUAGGUUCUGCUGUUGUUAAGAAUUUAAUGCAGAAGUUUGUUUCCUAAAGUCUAUAAAUAGAAAACCCUUCGUUCCAUAGAAAAAAAUGACAGUCUAAGAGAAAAUGAUCCAUAUUGUGGAAAUAUAUUGUUGACCAAGUGUGACUAUGUUAGAAUGUAGUAUCUAUUUAGAUUUUUUUUUACAAACCAAAUUACUUUGGUUUAGUGAUGAAGUUAUCAAGAUUAGUUGAAACCAAUUGCUGUAAAGAGGGUAGUUUUUGUAUUGCUUGGCAUACGCCCUUGUCACACUGUGUUCAGCUACUUUGACUAUUGGGGGAAAGGGACAAUGGUCACAGUAUCAUCAGGUAAGCCAUUGUUUUGUGUCUUUUUUUUUACGCAGUUAAAUUGCUAUAGUUUGUAGAUAAAUCAUUGUUUUAUGGAGGAAAGUUAAAAUUAUGACUUGGAUAUUGUUAUUAGCGUAGUACACCUAGGAAGGGCAGUAUUGUUUGUUCAUCUCCUCACAUACUUCUUUCACUGUUUGCGAUUGGUGUUUAAUUGGUUAAUUAUGUAGGCUUUGCUUUAAGUCGAAAAUGACCCUAUGAAAAUGAAAAUGUAGGAGUCAAACACAUAAACCAAAUGAAGGGUAUGAUAAUAUGAGCAGAGUUCAUCUUAGCCUAUAUUGAAUUGAGUGUUAAUUGGCAUCACCUUAAUCCAUAUAAAUCAUUUAAUUAAAAUGAUUUCAAUUAAUUGGUAUUAGCGGAACAGCAUGUUUUAUUUUAUGGUUGUUUUCACUGGUAAAUGUGUCUGCAAUUGAAUGAGUUAAUGUGUACUUAAUUGUGCCUUCCUGUAUUAUACCUUUUCAAAAAUGUUUUUUCUAUUCUACUGAGUCAGUUACUUAAUGUUUGUAUUCUUAUCUUUUAUUAUGUCUUAUUGUUGUUGCAUUGUUGAGAAGGAACCUGCAAGUAAGCAUUACAUUAGACGGUGCACACGAUGUGUAUCCUGUACAUACGACUAAUAAAAUAUUAAACUUAGUGGUAGUUAUAUCUCAAAGAAUACAAGACAACCAACUACAUAGAACUAAAUGGUGCCUUAUAGUGCAAGAUUAAAUGAACAUGUAGUUCUUAGGUUAUAACUGUGUAAUGACCAUUUUACCACGGUAAUUCCUAGUAGUUACCAUGUCAUUUCUGUAAAUUCAAAUAAAGUGUUACAUUUCUUUCUUUUCUUUUUUCUUUCUUUCUUUUUUCUUUCUUUUUUCUUUUCUUCUUUUUUUUUCUUUUUUUUUUGCAGCCCAUAGCCCCCCUACUCUGCUCCCCUUUAUGAAUGGGGAAAACCCUAUAACAAGUCUACACAUGGGUUUGUGUCGUACCGGGUUUCUCCUUCCUCGCCACCUUCAAUGGACAGACCCACGGGAGUGCGCGACGGUUUCAUCCAGUCCCCGGGCGGUCCAGAGCGGGGAAUACACAGGAUCAGUCAGCUCCGGGGGGAUAGAAUGUCGGGAAAACCCUCAACGACUUUCAAAUGUUUCCGUUUUAAAAAACCCCCUGGAGGUGAAAAAAACAGCAAAAAAAAAAACCAGGUAGAUGUGGUAAUUUUUUAUUAUUUUGAAGUUGGUUAUUUUUCUAAGAUUGCUUUUAAUUUUUGUGAUGUAAACUUUUUAUGUUUAGAAAACCUGAUUAUAGAAUGAUGCUUGUUGUUUACCCUGUAUGAAAAUAUCAAUAUAAUUUCAAUAACGUGUUAAACUAACAUGAGCCCAUUUCUUUUACCUCCCGCUAUUCAGUCUCACAGAUUCCAACAGUGUCUUUGCUGUCGGCGCCCAAUGGCACCACCCAGUACCUGAUGUGUAUGAUUGAAGAUUUCGCCCCGGAGAAAGUCACUGUCACCUGGAAGAAGAAUGACAAGGAGGUGGAGGGCCCGAAACCUACUGUAGGCCAACAGCAGUCAGGCCUCUUCUCAGCCAGCAGUCUGCUGAAGGUCGUCAACACUGACUGGAACAACAAGGUCCAGUACAGCUGUGUGGUGCAGCACCAGAAACAAACCAUCACCGAGACGAUCUCCAAAACAGGUCUGUACAUAGGAGUAGACUGUACUACAAUUGAUGUCAUGCUCACAUACAGGAUCUCUAUUAUUUACUGAAGUUCCUCAUCAGUAACAGUAACAUGUCAUGCUUUCCCACUGCUUCCCUCCCCUUUCAGAACCACUGACGGUGACUCUGAUCCCACCGAGUGUGAAAGAGGUGUUCUUGAACAACCAAGCAGUGCUGGACUGUGUCAUUACUGGUACAGACAAGGACACAGUGUCUGGUACUACUAUCACCUGGCAGGUCAAUGGACAGGCCAAAAUGGAUGGCAUCCUUCUGAAACCUAUUGAAUCAAAGGGCAACCUGAACAGCAGGGUCAGUACUCUGACCAUAGACAUGAAGGAGUGGACCAAAGUGAACAAAGUCCAGUGUUCGGCCAUGAAGAGUGGUGAAGUCACACCGGUCAUUCAGGACCUCAGCUUCACCAAAGGAUGUAGGUCACUGAGACAUCUCAAUGUGGUUGUGAUAAGUGGUCACAUACUCCAGGUUCUGGAGAGGAAGCCACAGGAUGUGCAGACUUUUGCUCCAGCCAGCGCUAACACACCUGAGUCAGCAAAUCAACUAAUCAUUAACUAAUCAUCACCUUUGCUUAGUUGAAUCAGAACAGAAACCUGCACACCCCUGUGGUGCUCCAGAACUAGGGUUAAGGACUACUAGGUUGGAUUUUAAACUGAUAUUCACACACUGGUUUUCAUAGGUGCCUACACGUACAUGAGUGUAACGUUUCUCCUUAAAAUCAAUCCUCUUGCAGGUCGAGCCCACUUCAGUGUCCGUCCACCUUCUCCCGGAGGAAGACACGAAGGAGGAGGGGGAAGUGACUCUGGUGUGCCUGGUGGUCAGCCCGUCUCUCUGUGACGUCUACAUCAUGUGGAAGGUGGGCAGAGGCGAGUACCAGGAGGGGCUCACCAGCCGUCCUCAGAAAACCCCGGAAGGCAACGACUCUGUUACCAGCGUCUUCACCACCACCAAGAAUGAGUGGCAGAGAAACGUGCAAUUCACAUGCGCCGUCAAGUACGCCGGCUCGGACAACAACACCGCACCUAAGGAGAGGAGUGUGUCGAAGUCCAUGGGUAACUCAUGUGAAGACAAGUGA